UUUGGUUCACCGGUUGACUACCAGAGUCAACCCAAUAGUAGACCAAAUGUAAUGGGGAAGUUCUGAAACACAACACUUAAAGAAAUGUUGGGAACUUUAUCUCUUGGUGGGGUAUUUUACAUUAGGCCAUAUCCUGUUCAUACUUACUGAAGUUUUGUUUUGGAGGCAUGCAUUAGUGACCAACAUGUUGGGGUCAUCUGCACACAGAGCAGCAGGUAUUAUCAUGGGAAUCCUAGGUUGAUCAUGUAGACUGAGACGCUCACUCUGUCACUACAACUAUUAUUUUGCCGGACGGUCAUUGCAGCAUUCCGCUUGACUGAUAGUGAUGGCCUUGGAGGCAGACAGCGACAGAGGUUCAUCAAGAAGCGCUCAUGAAAAAUAUCCCCGGGCAGCGUUAGAGCGCAACGGCUACGUGAAGACAUGUGUCACCCCGUUGCACCAGGACGCAUGGAGCCAGUCGUGGCUGAGACUCGCCGUGACAUGGACUUGCCGAAGAGUGUCGUCUGCGGUCUGUGUUGCCUCCGUCUCCGUUAUUCUCGCUCUGCUGCUCAGAUUGGUCGACUGGGAUGCAGGCAGCAGCAGCAGCGACGCAAAUAGCAGCGGCUCUCGUCUUCAUUUCGUGGUGAGCUGCGCUGGGGAGCUGCUUUUGAGUGCUUGUUACUGUGUCUCCCCCGUUUUUACACUCGUAUGUGCCUUUUUCUGGGUCGGGUUUUAUCUGAUUCGUUGCGGGGUGCUCAUUCGCAACGCGGUGUUUUUGUUAGCCGUGUGCAACUUGGGUGAAGCCGGAGCGCAGUCCCUCCUGAGCGGCGCCGAGGAGCAGCUGCUGUCCCUUCCCGCAACCCUGGUAGUCCUCGGCUGCCUGGGCAGCGGGGCUCUGCUGGUCGUCCGGCUGUGUCAGGGAGUGUCCAUCCUCGUCUUCAUUAGCGUCAUCAGGACCGUCUCCCUCAUCUCUCUUGGCAGAAUCCGGGCCAGCUGGAGACCCUACCUGGCCUACCUGCUGGGGCUGCUGGGGGUUUUGCUUGCGAGGUAUGCUGACCGGCUCCUGCCGGCCUCAGGGACCAGCGGGACGGGGUGCUGUGGCUCUGUGACCGGGGCGAAGGAGGAGGACAUCCCUGUCUUCAAAAGGAGACGGAGGUCCAGCUCCAUAGCGGCCUCGGAAAUGAUGGCUCAUAGUCAGAGCAACAGCAAGUCCCACCGCAGGACUUCGCUGCCUUGCAUUCCGAGGGACCAGUCUUCGGGCACGAAUGUGGUAGUGGACAUCGCGGUGAUGGGGGAGGCCCACGGUCUGAUCUCAGACCUGCUGGCAGACCCUUCUUUGCCCCCCAACACCUGCAGCUCCCUGAAGGCCGUCAGCAACCUCCUCAGCACCCAGAUCAGCCUCCAGCCACUCCAUCGGCCUCGCAUCCCUGCAGACAUUAACAUCUGCUCUGACUCGGAGGAGGGGCCGGAGAAAACAGAGAGACUGGCCAUUCCAAAGCGUCUCAGACGGAGCUUGCCCCCAGGAUUGCUUAGGAGAAUCUCCUCAACUUGGACCACGACCACCUCAGCUACAGGGCUGCCUACCAUCGAGCCGGGCCCUGUGCGCCGAGACCGCUCAGCCAGCAUCAAACACACCACAGAGAGUGAAUCAUGGAACAACUCCGUGAUGAUGACCAUCUCAAAGAGUCGCUCCAUGUCUGCCUCCUAUGCUGCAAAUGUCACUUUCAACCACCUCUACAGCAAACCACUGGGAAGACCAGGUUUCCCCCCCUCCAACGUAUCACCUCUGGGCUCUCCAUGCCCAUCUCCUCCCCACCAGGGCACGCCUGCCUCCAGCCCUACCAUCAAGACUUGUGCAGUGCAGCUUCCCGAGCCGGUUGUGCUCCUUAUAGAGCAGACCCCUGGCUCUGUGGUCCCCAAGAGCCACCACAGAGCCUUAACUCACAGCCAGAGCGCCCCAAGCUCCACCACCCCUCACUGGCGACCUCCAUCACUCUGUGGCAGCUGUGGCAGGCCAUUCAACAAUCAAUUGAACCACAGGGUGGAAUCUGUCGAUAAAGGGGACAGAAUACCCCAUCCAGAUGAGCGCGCCGUAGCUUCCUCUGACUAUGACAGCACCUACGACAGCACCUAUGAGACCAACCACAGUGACAGCAGUGACUUUGCACAGAAUGAUGAGGAGGGAGAGGGAGGCAAGAAGCAGCCUGAAGCCAGGGAAGGUUGCAGGGAGUAUCUGGCAGAGGGCAUCGUUCUUCACCCACUCCUGCCAUCACGAGAGGACAAGCCAAUCUCUGCCCAGGAGCCUCUGGCGGUAUCGGAUCUGGAGCCUCUCUUGAGUCAAAUUAACAACUGGAACUUUCCUAUUUUCAGUCUGGUGGAGAAGACCAAUGGCAAGACAGGCUGCAUCCUUAGUCAGGUUUCCUAUAAGCUCUUUGAGGACACAGGUCUAUUUGAGACCUUCAGAAUUCCUGUACGAGAGUUCAUGAACUACUUCCAUGCUUUGGAGAACGGAUACAGGGUCAUCCCUUAUCAUAACCGGAUCCAUGCCACUGAUGUGCUCCAUGCUGUUUGGUACCUCACCACUCAGCCUGUACCGGGCCUGCCAACCCUGCUGACUGAGAAUGGGAUACAUACUGACCCAGAGAAUGGUAUUUCUCCUGGUGCCACAGGCUUUCUGGUGUCAAAGCUGAACUCUGUGCUGGAGGACGGCUACAGCUCCCUGGCUGGCCUCAUCCCUGGCCUGGAGCUCAUGGCCCUCUAUGUGGCUGCUGCAAUGCACGAUUAUGACCAUCCUGGAAGGACUAACGCUUUCCUUGUAGCUACAAGUGCACCGCAGGCUCUGCUGUACAAUGAUCGUUCAGUCUUGGAGAACCACCAUGCAGCUUCAGCGUGGAACCUCUUCAUGUCCCGACCUGAGUUUAACUUCCUGGCAAACCUCGAACAUGUGGAGUUCAAGCGUUUCCGCUUAGUUAUUGAAGCCAUCCUGGCCACUGACCUCAAAAAGCACUUUGACUUCCUUGCAGAAUUUAAUGCCAAGGUUUGUGAUGAAGGAGUGUCCGGGAUUGAUUGGACAAACGAAAACGACCGACUGCUGGUGUGCCAGAUGUGCAUCAAGCUGGCUGAUGUCAAUGGACCGCUGAAGUGUAAGGAGUUGCACCUGCAGUGGACAGAGGGGAUCGUCAACGAGUUCUACGAACAAGGUGACGAAGAAGCAAGCCUGGGCCUUCCCAUCAGCCCGUUCAUGGACCGGUCCGCUCCGCAGCUCGCUAAACUUCAGGAGUCAUUCAUCACUCACAUUGUGGGGCCUCUGUGCUCCUCCUACAACUCUGCUGCCCUGAUGCCGGGAUGCUGGGUUGACCCACCUGAGGGAGAGACAGAUCCAGAAGAGGCAAAGGAGGGAGUCGAUACAGAAGAGGAAGAGGAGGAUACAGCAGAUGAGGACACAUCAACAAGUUCUGAGAACUCUCAACGACAAGAAACCAAAAAGGUGAGCAGGAGAAAAGUGUUUUGCCAGAUAACACAGCAUAUUCUGGAAAACCAUGAGAUGUGGAAAAGAGUCAUCGCUGCAGAAGCCCAGGAGGAAGCUCAGAAAGAGGAGCCAAACUGCAUCAGCGGCCCCACUGAUCCAAUCACAGCGAUUCACGAGGAAGAAGAAGAGCUAGCAAGCAGAGAGGAGGAGUCGACUGAGGGACUCGAUGAAAGGGAAGAGGUACCGGCUAUAGAGGAAGAAGAAAUCCUUCCAGAAUCAGAGACUUCAGGGGAAAAAGAGGAGGAACCAGAGUGAUAUCACAAACUUUGUCUUCCUCGUAAAACCAGGAAACUGAACGUUGUUUAAACAUGUUUUGUUUCUUUCCUAACUAAACUCUUGAUAUGGUAGCCAGCACAUCACUUUGACACAACACUGUAGAAGAUGUUUCGGGUAAUAUGUGCCUAACAAAAACCUGGUUUUGAGGACAGGGAUUAUGCAUGCCCAGUUCGUCUGUUAAGGGGAGAGAGGUGCAAUGAGCAAAAGAUGAAGUGACAUAGGAGUAGAAGAAAGAAAAAAAAGAUAGUGGGACUGUACUUGUUUUUGCUGUAGUGUUUGAUUUAGUCUGGAUCUGCUGCCCUCACCUAGGAUGCCCGUCCUGCACUACAGGCCAACCACACCGAUUCACAGAUUCACUCCACCAGUGAGUAAUACACUGUCACAAACCCCCCCACCCUUCUUGUUGUACCCCUGCUAUCAGCACACUGUGGAGCCACCCAGCUGGUGGAGGAUGUGCAACAAGUCCCUUCUCCGUGAAGACAAUGGGAUGAAAGCCAGGGAAAAAGCUGUGUCCACUGAGGCUCAGCCGUGUGGAUUUCAGAGGGAGACAGAAAAAAAGGGCCAGUUGUAGUACAUUGUGUAUACGGACAUACACCCACACAAGCUUCACACACAUGCACACAAUGCUACUGUAGAAUCACAUUCCAUUCUCGGAACAGAUAAGAAGUUUAACAAAGAACCCUGUUGCGCUAAAAGCUUUAUUCUCACUCAAGGAAAAACAUACACAACUAGGGUUUUAUUCAUGUACUACAAUGUUUGUCUGCAUGUUCUCUCCCUAUGUUUUUUUUUACAUUUAGUGGGUCCAGCACACCUACACGUUUAAAGGCCACACAACUCAGGAAGGCAGAAACCCAUAGAGAAAAAAAUGACUUGGACAGGACGUGUAGCUUCCUUGUUCUUUACUUUCUGCUUUUACAACAUCUUGUUUCUAUGCUGUCAGUGAUGCUUUUAAAUUACUCAGACACGUGGUGCCCUUUGUGAAAAACAAAGGAACCACAAGAAAAACAAGGUUAUAGAUCACAUUAUACAGUACAACACAAUUCUAAUUAAUUUGAUUUGCUCUUUAACUGUAAGCUUCCCUUAUGCUACCACACAGCAGAUCCUACUGUUAAUUACAUUCAAACCAACUCACAAGACACAAAACUAGCUAAUAAGGUAAUGUGUUUUGUUAAGAAAAUAUAGUUUAUGUUAACAUGUUACGCCACUUUCUAACUAAGGACCAGAAUUCUUUCUUCUUUGCAAUAUAAUUUAUAGCUGGUAUGUAGGCCAAUUUUUCCAGAGUAAAGUAAUCCAGUAAGCCAUGGUGGUUUGGCCAGAGCUACCUCACAGCUACAAAUCAGCUGAGAGGAUUUACCUCCAUCAUACAUAAAUAAAAUCCAGGGGUUGCUGUGUACCCACAAAUAAUGAUUCGAUCAGAUCCAAAUCCUUCAUUUGUUUUGUUGUUGCACGAAAUUGCAAAGAAAAGUAAUGUGCAUCAAGUCUUUCUUUAAGGAAAAACAAAAGUGUCACAGCUGCAUAAAUAUAUAAUGAUUAUUAAUAUUUAAUGUUAGUUACUUAUUUAUUAAGUCAUUUAAAGUCAAAUUUAGGAUUAACAAAGUGUAAAACUGUAAUUUUCUGUGACAGUCAGGGUUUUCUUAACUUACACUAAGGAAUUCAAAAUAUUUUGUACAUGUACUUAAUCCUCAAGGAGAGCAAAUAAAAAGGGAUGUUAGAUUUUGACCAACACAGAUAAAGAUGUGAAAGUGGUUUUAAAAAGGCUUUAAUUGAAGUUGUCUGUAUUCUGCAUGGUUUCUUUUUAAAGUAGCAUAUAUUGGCCAAAAUAUAGAAACUAUAUAGUUAGAGAAUGUUUUGUUGAAAACUCAUCAUAGGUCAGCAGACCUAGAUUUAUUUCCUCCAUUUGCAUUGUGCAUGGCCUAACGAGGUGCGUCUUUGCGCUCCUUUGAUGUUCUCAGAGAAUGAGACUGAUGGCGAUGGAGAAGAGUGCAAACACGGAGAACAGCCUUAGUAAUGAGACUUAGUAAUGAGAGAGGAAGGAGAAGAGAGAGAAGCCUUUUAGCCUGACUGGUAGCUGCUUAUGAAAAGUCAAGGGGGGGGUCUCAGAUCCUUUUCACAUUUCAGUAGAUUCCUCUAGAUGUAACCCUUUGAAGAUGAGCCAGUUAGGUCGGAUUCCAAAUCAUGUGAUGAUAUACGUCUCCAAGUCUACAAAAUGUAUUACAGAGAUAUUCAGUAUAGUGUAUUUGAUUUGACAUUGGCAAAGCUACGAAGCACUCUGUGGAUUCAGGUUCAGAGAUUUAUAGAUGGUUUGAGUCUUCACUUAGCGAUGUGAAGCAGUAACUGUGUCAAAACUGCAAAGUGAAUACAGGCGCACUGUUACACAAUUGAAAGACUUUUGGGGAUUUUGACAGCAUUUGUGGUAGAAGCUGCCUUAAGGCUUGCUCAGGAGGUGAUGUAGUCUAAUCAAUUACAGAGUGUGCUUGUAUCUGCAGGGUAUUUAAGUCCAAGAUAUGUUUAUUUUCUUCAGCUCUGUAGCAGGUAGGUAAUUUGCAACAUUGCAGUUGUGGAAUCUCUGAGACAACAUAAAAUGCACAGGAGAAUUGACAUUAGUUAAGUCACUAGAAACGUUCAGAACAUAGCCAGGGAUUAACACGCUUAAAAUGUUAAAACUAAUAAGAUCUAAAAGCAAACAUCCGCUUAGGAUACAAAUGAUACUUUUGCAAUUUAAUUAUUUAAAAACACUUGAGAAAAACAGACCAAGCAAUUUAUUGAAUAGACUUGUUUACAGACACUAUAUACGUUUUUUUCUGGCUGAACAUGUCCUACUGUGACCCAAUUUCUUAACUCAAUUAGAGUUUUACUAACUUUAAUACUGUCUAAAUCCUCGGCUGUAUCCAUUGCACUGUUAUCAAAACGCCCAUUGUGCAAAAGAGGGCUCAACUGUGCAACAUAAUGCCCUUGACUGCUUAUUCCCUUUACACGGAGAAGGGUGCAGUGUUAAGAUUGUUUUCACUGCUAUAAAAAAGAAAGCCUGUGGGCAACACAACAGGGUAAUUUGAGGUCAUUUAAAAAAAGAUAUAUUAUGCAUCGAAAAAAGAAACACAAGUAUAUAUGAAAAUAACUAAUAAACAGAACAAGAACAGAAUAAAACAAAAUUGUCAAACUCAAUGCUGCUUCUCCAUUUUUAGUUCUGACUUUGGGGACGGCAAGCAGACCUGAACUUCAUAGCAGAGCAGCAGAUAAGACAUUUAUCUUGGCCCUAAAGCCUUUCAGUGCUUUAGAAACUAACACAAUAGUAAAUUCCUUGACACACAGGAAGCCAGUGCAACAAUCGGAGAGCUAGACUGAUGUGGUCUCUCUAGGUUUUAGUGAGCACUCAGCAUCAGCGCAGACGUCCGAUCAAUCCGAAUCUACAUCCUGCUGAGACACAUGCCUUUUGUUUUUGAUAUACUCUUAAAGUUACAGUAGAAUGAUUUGGUAAUUUUCUUAAUGUGGAUUUCAAAAUGUAGGUCUGACUUCAUGACUAUGUUUUUAAAUUCAUUAUUUCAGAUAUGUAUAGUCAUCCUUAUAAAACUGUGUCUGAAGUCUUUACUUCCUCCGUUGCUUGAUUAUCUCCAGCAUUGAUGUGGCUCAGUCCAUAAUGAAAGGAGCAAAUGUUGCUUGGCAACAGAAAAAAAGGCAUGGAGAAAAUGUGUUAUCAGACCCCUGAAAAAUGUAUGUCUUAUCUGCAACAGUGUUUCUAGUAUAAAAAGUUAAUUUAUAUAUACAAGUCCCCUGCUGGACCUUAUGUCUUCCAAUAGCCUGUCCUUGCAUUGACUUCUCAACGUUUAUCUGUAGUGGUAAAACUGAUCUGCACACCAGCUAAUACACAACUGUAUGUAAGGCAUCAACAUGGGUCUUUAAGUUGAGCAUUUUUAAAGCUCUGUACAGUAAUGUAGCUUUCAAAUUUCAGUUAUUCUAAUAAUGACAUAAACUGUAAAAAGCCUCCUGUAAACAGCAGGCAAUUGUGGCACUCAUGAAUGAGCUAUUGCUCCAUGCACUGUAAAUAUGCGACGCACCAUAUAGUAUAUAUCGAGGACUCACUUGCAAUCUAUUGUGCAUACUAUUGCAAUGGAUUUUUUCUCGUAUCUCACAUUUGCACCAUCCCAUGCCCACUUCUAUGUUUGGGAAUAUGUAGAUUUUCUCUCUAUAAACUUGAAUUCUAUCUGAUCAGAGAAUUCAAAGCUCACUAGGGGUCCAUUUAGUCAAAAUAGACGCUUCCCCUCCUCUGAUCUCCCUUUUCAGCCCUGCCUCACUAACUGUAUUCACUGCAGUGCAGCAAUCAAAGAGACUUAAUCAAAGCUGUGAUAGAAUUUGUGUUCGCUAUUUUUGUUGUAAACAAUAGAAAGCUGGGUGUCGCCAUUAAUGGUUUUUGGAGUCGGACAUAAGGAAGGGUUUCCUGAAAUCUUAAAGAGUACCUUCCAAUUCUUUUUUGCAAAGACAAAAACAAAGGAACAAACACUGGUAUGAUCCCAAUGUGCAGUACCUUAACAGUACUCAGAAAACUGUCUUGCACCUCUGACGCAGCACUCACGGUAUGGGAGUGAUCAGAAGUUAUUUGUUGCACCUUUAACCCCACCCUGCAGUGAUGUCAUGGUGUACUGACACACCUUGGAGUACACUUGUACAUCACCUGUAAAAGGUUAAACCACAGAAGGUCAUCAAAAACACUUUUUGUGAGGAUGACGAGUUGCUCUUUGAGUUAGUUUGACUCCCUUCCUUUUGGUCCUAUUUAAUAUCCACUAGCUCUCAAAAUUCUUUAUUUUCUUCAGAAAGAUUCUUGUCAACCAAAAGAUAAAAGCUCAUUUUACCAGUUUUUUUUUUCAUCUGAGUGUCUCUUGGCAACAUCAUUGGCCAAUGGUUUGUAGCAGAGAUCUUGUUUACAUCGUGUUUGUGUAAAAACUGGGACAGAACUCAACAAAAGAACAGGGUCCACGACUAAUUGAUGUCUGUUCAUCAAAACCGGUAUCAGUAGUUUCUUUUAAAUAGCGAUGAGCAGAAGGCGAUUGCUGCACACUGAAUUAACUUGUGCCAACCAAAGAAACUUUAUGAACUCUGUCUUUGUUUGUGAUUUGCACAAAAAGAGCCCUAAAAGGAGCAUGUUUCUUGCAUCUUCUUUUUUUGUGUGUGUUAUUCAAAACCUGAGAAGUAUGUCUGGAUAUGCUUAUACUUAGUAACAAUUCUCAUGUAGAGACAAGAUUAGAUUAGAUAAAAGCAUAAGAAACAUUCAAUCAUUGAUCUAACAGAUGGUGUAGUAUUUUAUUUCACUGCGUUGUGAUAAGCAGCAGUAGCACUACAGUGGAACUGGCAGACUGUUCUGCUCUCAGACUGAAGCCCUUUCUUUUGAUGGUUUGAACCAAAAACAUUCCUUUUUGUAUUGUUUGUUGUUUCAGCCAAUUUAAAGGGGGCUUUGCUCCUAUAUGCCAUACCAUUUUCUCAUGUGUGUCUAUACUGUUUGAAGGCUACAUUCUUCAGCUUUCCGUGUUCAUUACAAAGGAAACCAAAACAAACUUUUUUUUCAUCUCCUUUAAAGCAACACAAACAAGACUAGUAUGUUUAUUUCUUAUUUUCUACUGUAUAGCAGGCACUUCACAGACUCAAUUAUUUUCUUCUCACCAGUAUCUUGCACUUGUAGCAAUACACAUGUAGCAAUACCUACAGGAUGGGAAAUUGUGUGAUUCACCAGUAUUUGUUUAAGUGAAAUAUGACAUUUUAUUUCUAGAUAUGGUUUGGCUUUGUAUAAAACAAAUAUAUACUGUACAGAUUCAAAAGUAUAUUAUAACAAAAAAACUUUUAGAAAAAUAUUUAUUUUUACUGUUUUGUAAUUUAGACACAAUACUGUAGCUCCUCUAUUGCCAGACUUACUGGAAGUGCCUCUCGAUAAUGUAUUACAAAUUAAUUAUACAAUAUAUUGGGAUUAUUAGAACCUGUCACUAGCAGAGCAGUGUUGAUGUUGUAAUGUGAAUAUUGUUGAAUAAUAAGAUUUAUAAAUGCUG